CCCACCCUGAUUCACAAUGAUUCACAACAUUGCAGUGAGUCAAUGACGAGUAUCUAUUGUGUGAAUGUUUCUAUCCACCGAGAACACGUUUUGUUAAAACUCUUUCUCCUCAAGCGUGACUUGCACCGCGCGUAGUACGCUCGCACCUGCACAUCUGGGCCAUUUGUACCUCCUUCUUCACAACUGCCGGUCACCUCCGACAGCAGGUACGCUUUGUCAGCAUGAGUCACGAUACCUCCUCUCAAGCCAAGGCUUGCGGAGACUUGCUGCUUUCCGAGACAAGAAAGUGCAAUGUAGGUGCCAACUUGUCCAUCGCAUAUAGCACCGCUGGCUCUCCUCAAGCUCGCCAAGCAAUCCUGCUAGUGCACGGAUAUCCUCAGACGUCCUACUCUAUGCGAUAUUUGCUGUCUGGAUUCGCCCAGGCUGGCUACUACGCGGUAGCGGCAGAUUACAGAGGCGCCGGUGGCAGCAGCAUGACAGCUUCUGGGUACGAUAAAAUGACCAUGGGGGAUGAUCUGAACAGUCUUAUGGUCGAUCGUUUGGCGCGCAAAGAGUACAUCGUUCUGGGCCACGAUAUUGGAAGCAUGGUGGCUACAGCACUCACCUUGAAGCACAGGAGCAACGUCAAAGCCCUCGUGAUGAUGGAGUGCCCCCAACCAGGCACCAAUGCCUACCAAUUGUCUAUCAAAGAUCCCGAAUUCACCUUUCAAUAUACAUUUCAUUUCUUCUUUCACAACUCCAAAGACUUGCCAGAGCUCCUCACGGCUGGCAAGGAGGGAUUGUACAUUCAGCACUUCUACGAUCGAUUGGCACACAAGCCCUACUUUCUGACUUCUUCCGACAGGGAGUACUACACGCAUGCAUUUGCUCGCGCAGGAAGGAUGCAGGCAGGGUUUGAGGUAUAUCGAGCGUUCCAAAAAGACGACCAGGAUAUCAAGGAGAACAUCGCAUCUCUUGGAAAAGCCGAUGUACCGUUCCUUGCCACCGGCGGAGAGCACAGCGUCUUCACACAGCAUAUCCAAUCUAUGGCAGAGGAGUUGUCCAACGACGUGACUUACAAGUCCAUUUCGGAUUCUAGGCACUGGGUACCUGAGGAGAAUCCCAAGGAACUGAUCACCACUGUCGUCGACUUUCUCAAGAGCAAGAGCUUGGGCGCUUGAUGCUUCAGCUGCUUAAGAUGCAGACCCUCGUCAGGCUGCAAGCAGCGAGCAGCGAGCAGCGCGCAGCGACCGCUGAGCUCGAUCACAACACGAAUGCGCGUCUGCGGCAAUGAGCUGGCGCACACGUAACAUUGCGGGCACAUAUCAGUCCUACAGUGUCUGCUGUAACGAUGCGGGAUCGAGGAAUUGUUUCAUACUGUACAGAGCUUUGCAGGUGCUUGACGUGGCUGGAUGCUCCACCAUGUGCGACACACCGUCUUAUUUUUUGUGAGCCAGAAUGGCCGCCAUUC